AUGGUGGCAGGCGAGUUAGCCGCAGGGCCAAUAGGCAGCCCCUUGCCAGCCUCCCGAAUCUGCCACAGCCGUCGAUCCAAGCUUUUGCCUCUUUGCCGGCAAGCCCUUUGCUUCUUCCUCCUCCCCUUCUCCCCCUUCUUGCUGCUCACCACUUGGAUGGGCCCAAGGUCAGAAGAUAUGCCCCUGCCGCCCAAUCACCGUCUCGCUGACGGAAAUAUCAAGCGUCUCCCGCAAUCCACUUCGAGGCGUACCUCCACCAAGGCAAAAUGGAGAGUCGACAUGGCUCCCCCGAUUGCACGGGCAUGGCAUCCUGUCCGUCAUUGGGCGUGGUAUUCGCUCUUUUUUCUUUUUUUGCCCGUCUUUGCUCUCGCUCUUUUUUUUUUUAUCUUUCUUGUGCUUGAGCUCGAAGCCCUUGGCUUGCUGCUGGUGUCGGUUGCGAUGCAGAUAUGGGAAAACCGUCAUCAGAAGACCCAGAGCCCCAGGGACCAACGCCCUUUUAAUCAGCGAAUAUAUACUCUGAUGCUGUCCCGCUGCCUCCUGAACAUCCCUUCCCCCCGUUUCCUCUUUGAUGGUCGUUGCUUCGUCUGCUCGUCGAUGGUGAACAGCAGCAACACCACAUCCUCCAUAAUCAACAGGAUCACUCUGCCCAUCAUGAUUCUAGCCACGGUCAAAGAGAGCGUGCGUACCAGCUGGGGCAUGUUCAGCGCAGUCGAGCGUCGUAACAUCUUCCUAUACAUUCUAGGUAUCGCCUUCUACAAGUUCGGCCUCGAGGCCUUCAAUGGUUCUAUUCUCGCCCUCGCUACAAACCGGUACGACUACGAUGCCUACUUGAAGCAUAGACCGGCCAAGACCUUCGAGCGAGUUGGGCUUCUCAGCGGCCUCAACCAGGCCUGCCAGUGUGUGGGUUCGAUCAUGAUCGCACCCUUGGUCCGUCGGGCUCCAGCCAGGCUUGUCCUGGUUGUUUCUGUCGUCUUGUUCGGCCUGUUCACCGGUAUCCUAAUGGUCGUGGACGCUGCCACCGGCGGAACUAUCAUGCCACCAGAGUUCCGCGGCGACCAUCCGGCCAUGGAUUUCCACUACUAUGGAGAUUACAACACCGACGGUAUUAUACCCAUCUACUGUGUCACUGGUCUUGUCUACGGGAUGGUCGAGUUGAUCCGCCGUAUCAUCCCUCGCGAUAUCGUGGGAGGAAACAUUCAAAAGCUUCGUCGACUCGAUGCCAUGGUCCACGUCUUCUACGAGACGUCAGGCACAGCUAGCGCAUUCUGCACUGCUCUAGCCCUCAUCCCGACCCUGGGGAACAACUACUCAUUCAUCAUCACCCCCGUGUUCUUCGCCAUGGCCGGUGCCACUUGGUUCUUCAUCAAGGAAGCAGACACCUUCCAGCCUCCUCCUCCACCGCUCAUGGGCAAGCGACCAACCUACAUCAAGGCAGUGUUUGUCUCCUUCUACCUCUUCGGCGAGUCCAUCUGGACCGGAUCCAAGCUUCUUCUCACCAACCGACGGUUCAUCUGGCUUAUCCCUGGUUACUCCAUUGCCUUCUACGGUCAUCGCUAUCUUGAGAACGGCCUUGCUCCCGCGGUCGCCCGUCGUUACCUCGGUCACUCUGCUUGGGCUAACAUCAUUGUUGGUGGCUCUAACCUGGGAGAAUUGCUCGGUGCUCUUUUCGUCUUCCUUUUCACCAACCUCGUCACCACCCCGAUUCCCUGGGUUCGACUCGAUGCCGUCAUGUUGCUUGGAGUUUGGUACCUCUCCUUCUGGACGCCUCCACCAGACCAGGUCGCCUACGCCUGGAUCAUCGGCGCGACUUUCCUCCCCAUCUCCUUCGGCUGGGCUGCUGGAGAUGUCUCUCUUGCAGCCUACAUCCAAGCCGCUCUUGCUCGCCACGAAUCCAAAGCUCAAAACGUUUCCCCCCUCGGUGCCGUCAUGGCUUGCCUUUACACCACCUACAUCGUUACAUACGCUAUCACAUCGCCGCUACUGGGUCAAUACAUCGACUCGGUCUACAUUAGAACUGGUGGCCGUGACGGAGGAGACAUCCACUCUGCAAUUCACAACGUUGCAGGUGUGCAGUACAGCGUAAUGGCUGUCAUAAUAUUCGCCAGUACCUUCAUUCCACAAGGAGCCUGGCGCAUCAACCCCAAGAUGCUGUUCAACCAGAACCUCGACGCCGACCUUGAGGUUACUGAAAUUGGAGAUGGCAUCGACCUGAAGAAGAAGAGCCACGAGCGAGAGACUUCGCUCAGCACAAACCCAAGAGAUAGAGAGUCAUGGUGA